GCACCAGGCGGAAGUGUGCCGGAGGUUUUGGUGCUGCCGCUUCCGGUCCGGGUAAAGGCUGCUGAGGUACGCUGCAUGGUCUGUGUCGGGCCGGGACAGCUUUCUGAGGGCAAGUCAGCGGGUCAAGAGGCGAGCACCGGCGUGUAGACUCAGAAGUCUGGAGUCUAGUGGUAAGAUCGGAAAAACAACCAGGAACUUGAAUACGAUCUAACCUCUGUUUCCGAGGGGGUAACUUCCACGGGGAACCCCUCUGCCCUGGUAACGGCCAAAGAGGAGAUGGCGCCAGUCAGGGAGCGGCCGUGGCCGACAAAGUGAGGAAGCGCGAAGGCAGAGCAGCCGGAGAAGCCUCGGGAGAAAACACCGGAGCCAUCGCUGCCGCCACCACCGCUACCACCAUGGAAGGGGCAAAGCCGACAUUGCAGCUCGUGUACCAGGCAGUGCAGGCGCUCUACCACGACCCAGAUCCCAGCGGAAAGGAGCGUGCCUCGUUUUGGCUUGGGGAGCUGCAGCGUUCGGUUCAUGCAUGGGAGAUUUCAGACCAAUUGUUACAGAUCCGGCAAGAUGUGGAAUCAUGCUAUUUUGCUGCACAGACCAUGAAAAUGAAGAUUCAGACCUCAUUUUAUGAGCUCCCCACAGACUCUCAUGCCUCUUUACGGGACUCAUUACUAACCCAUAUCCAGAACUUGAAAGACUUGUCACCUGUCAUUGUAACUCAGCUGGCUUUAGCAAUAGCAGACCUUGCUCUACAGAUGCCUUCCUGGAAGGGAUGUGUACAAACAUUGGUAGAAAAAUAUAGCAAUGAUGUAACUUCUCUGCCUUUUCUGCUGGAGAUCCUUACAGUGUUACCUGAAGAAGUACAUAGUCGUUCCUUACGAAUUGGAGCUAACCGGCGUACAGAAAUUAUAGAAGAUUUGGCCUUCUAUUCUAGUACAGUGGUAUCUCUAUUGAUGACUUGUGUAGAAAAAGCAGGAACAGAAGAGAAAAUGCUUAUGAAGGUCUUUCGCUGUUUGGGAAGCUGGUUUAACUUAGGAGUUUUGGACAGUAACUUCAUGGCUAACAAUAAGUUACUAGCACUCCUUUUUGAGGUUUUGCAACAGGAUAAGACCUCAUCCAACCUACAUGAAGCUGCUUCAGACUGCGUGUGCUCAGCUCUGUACGCCAUUGAGAAUGUGGAAACCAACUUGCCAUUAGCCAUGCAACUUUUUCAAGGAGUCCUGACAUUGGAGACUGCCUAUCAUAUGGCUGUGGCACGUGAAGAUUUAGACAAAGUUUUGAAUUACUGCCGUAUUUUCACUGAACUGUGUGAAACUUUUCUUGAAAAAAUUGUUUGUACUCCAGGCCAAGGCCUUGGGGACCUACGAACUCUAGAACUGCUUCUUAUCUGUGCAGGACACCCUCAAUAUGAGGUAGUAGAAAUUUCCUUUAACUUUUGGUACCGACUAGGGGAGCAUUUAUACAAAACUAAUGAUGAAGUUAUUCAUGGCAUCUUCAAAGCUUACAUUCAAAGGCUGCUUCAUGCCUUGGCUCGCCACUGCCAGCUGGAACCAGACCAUGAAGGGGUUCCUGAGGAGACUGAUGACUUUGGGGAGUUUCGGAUGAGGGUGUCAGACCUGGUGAAGGACUUGAUUUUCUUGAUUGGGUCUAUGGAGUGUUUUGCUCAGUUAUAUUCUACUCUGAAAGAAGGCAACCCACCCUGGGAGGUGACAGAAGCGGUUCUCUUUAUCAUGGCUGCUAUAGCAAAGAGUGUUGAUCCGGAGAACAAUCCAACACUUGUGGAGGUCCUAGAAGGAGUUGUCCGUCUCCCAGAGACCGUACAUACAGCUGUGCGAUACACCAGCAUUGAAUUGGUUGGAGAGAUGAGCGAAGUGGUUGAUCGAAAUCCUCAGUUCCUUGACCCUGUGUUGGGCUAUUUGAUGAAAGGACUGUGUGAAAAACCUCUGGCUUCUGCUGCAGCCAAAGCCAUUCAUAACAUUUGCUCUGUCUGCCGAGACCACAUGGCUCAGCACUUUCAUGGACUCCUAGAGAUUGCCCGUUCCCUUGAUUCCUUCAUGUUGUCUCCAGAAGCUGCUGUGGGCUUGCUAAAAGGGACAGCACUUGUCCUAGCCAGAUUACCUUUGGAUAAAAUUACUGAAUGUCUUAGUGAACUAUGUUCUGUUCAGGUUAUGGCAUUGAAAAAGCUGUUGUCUCAGGAGCCCAGCAACGGCAUAUCCUCAGAUCCCACUGUGUUCUUAGAUCGCCUUGCAGUGAUAUUUAGGCACACCAAUCCCAUUGUGGAAAAUGGACAGACUCAUCCGUGCCAAAAAGUCAUACAGGAAAUAUGGCCAGUUUUAUCUGAGACUCUAAAUAAGCACCGGGCUGAUAAUCGGAUUGUAGAACGUUGUUGCAGGUGCCUCCGUUUUGCUGUUCGCUGUGUAGGCAAAGGAUCUGCAGCCCUGCUGCAGCCACUAGUCACACAGAUGGUGAAUGUUUACCAUGUACAUCAGCAUUCCUGUUUCCUGUACCUUGGUAGUAUCCUUGUGGAUGAGUAUGGCAUGGAAGAGGGCUGUCGGCAGGGACUACUAGACAUGCUCCAGGCACUGUGCAUGCCCACCUUUCAGCUCUUAGAACAGCAGAAUGGGCUCCAGAAUCACCCUGACACUGUGGACGACCUAUUCAGGCUAGCCACCAGGUUUAUUCAGCGUAGCCCUGUUACCUUGCUGAGGAGCCAGGUUGUCAUCCCUAUCUUACAAUGGGCCAUUGCCUCUACUACCCUGGACCACCGGGAUGCCAACUGUAGUGUCAUGAGGUUCCUACGAGACCUCAUCCACACAGGGGUAGCCAAUGAUCAUGAAGAAGACUUUGAAUUACGGAAAGAACUGAUUGGACAGGUGAUGAACCAGCUUGGACAGCAACUUGUAAGCCAGCUGCUUCACACGUGCUGCUUCUGUCUCCCCCCAUACACCCUACCAGAUGUGGCCGAAGUGCUCUGGGAGAUCAUGCAAGUUGACAGACCGACUUUUUGUCGAUGGUUAGAGAAUUCCUUGAAAGGUUUGCCAAAGGAGACAACCGUGGGAGCUGUCACAGUGACACACAAACAACUUACAGAUUUCCACAAACAAGUCACUAGUGCUGAGGAAUGUAAACAAGUUUGCUGGGCCUUGCGAGACUUCACCAGGUUGUUUCGAUAGCUCAUACUCCUGCACUGUGCCUGUCACCCAGGAAUGUCUUUUUUAAUUAGAAGACAGGAAGAAAACAAAAACCAGACUGUGUCCCACAAUCAGAAACCUCCAUUGUGGCAGAGGGGCCUUCACCGCCACCAGGGCCUCCCGCCAGACAGGGAGAGACUCCAGCCUUCCAAGGCCAUCCUGAGGAGUUCCUGUUUGGGGGUGUGAGGGAAAAUCAGCGCGGUUUAAAAAAGAUGGCUGCAGCCUGUGCAGCGUGGUGGGAGGUGAGCUGGUUUCCUGGUGAACUUGUUUCUAAAAGGAAAAAUAAUUUUAAAGAAAUAAAAAAGGAAAAAAAAAAAAAGGAAAA